CCGAUCCCGCAAGUUAUAUACAAAACUGGAAGUGGUCGCAUACUCCCGUUCUCUCGAUUUCUAUUCUCUCUGCUACUUCACCAAGGCUUCAUUGAAGAAGAACAACGAUUCGCAAUGGGAAAACUCGACGCUUUCGAUAUUACCUCGUACGCUUACAAGACGGUGAAGAAGACGCCGAUCUACACUGAUGUCUUGAUUCCGAAGGACGUGCCCGAGGGUCCUCGUCCGAUCCUCAUCCGUCUGCACGGAGGUUUCUUGAUCACUGGAUCGCGCAAACAAGAAGACUGGUUCGGACUAUGGGUCUCGCAGCUGGCCUCUACGAACGGCGCGAUCUUUAUCCAGCCCGACUACCGGUUGAUGCCGGAAGCCACCGGCGUCGAGAUUCUGUCCGACAUCGACGACUUUUACACGUGGUUCACGACCGAGCUUCCCGGGGUGCUGGCGAAGGUUGCGCCAAAGGUGACGGCGGACUACGACCGGGUUGUGGUGGUGGGCGAGAGCGCGGGCGGGUACCUGAGUCUGCAGUUUGCGCUCGACCAUAAGGACAAGCUGCGGGCCGCGAUCUCGAUCUACCCGAUGACGGACAUGCGCGACCCGUGGUACACGCAGGACUUUCCGAAGAAGAUGGCGGGCGCGCCGCUGCACCCGGAGAGUCUGAUUGACGAGUACCUGGCGGCGAAGACGGAGGACACGGUUGUGGUGGACGACAUCUCGGAGAAGCGGGUCGGGCUGAUGUUUUCGAUUGUGCAGCACGGCAAGUUUUUGGAUUUGAUUGGGCCGCAGGACGAGCGACUGUUUCUGGACGACCGGGUGAAGAAGGGCGAGACGUUCCCGCCGCUGUUUGUGAUCCACGGCGAGACGGACUCGUCGGUGCCGUUCCAGGGGACGGACGAUCUGCUGAAGCUGGCGAAGGAGAAGGAUGCGGGGCUGGAGGUGUGCUUCACGCACCCGGACGUUGAGCACGGGUUUGACUCGAACUACAGCCUUGACAACCCGUUGCUUGCGGAGGGCGUGAAGUUUGUGGUGGAGAAGUGGUUGAGGUAGAGAAGAGCAGAAGAGAAGAAGAGAAGAAGAGGACAAUGGCAGCUUAAUGCAGUGCGGGCGAAAGUGAAUGAGAUAAGCGAUUACAUAACCAGAAAGAGGGGAAGCAGGCUCGGUCCGUUAACUUUAAGUUCAGACGCAAAGCUCGGCCCGCGGGGAUCAUCGCAGCCCCGCCUCCGCUGCGGAUCUGCCUGGUUUCGGGCUUUUACUUU